AGAACCGACCCGAGGUCGCCACAGGCCGCUACAGAUCAGUUGUUUCACAAUAAUAAUUACGAAUUUUUCAAACGGAGCAUGGUCAAACUAAACGUAUAAAAAGGCCGAGCAGUUUUUAAAGAAGUUUUUUUUUUUAAAGUUGUCUUCAUUUGUUUACCUUCACCAUGGGAGACGGUGGAGCUGUGGUGUAUUUACUGGUUCUGAUCAUGGGUGAGUUGUGUGAGUUGAGUGAAUUGUGUGCACUUUUUCAUUCACGAUUUGGAUUUGUACCCAUUAAAAAGACCCCAAAAUUUAAAAAAAAAUAGAUAUCGUGUAGGUUUAAUAGAUGUUCCCGUUUCUGUCUAUUUCGAAUACACUUCAGAAAAUACUAUCUAUAUAUAUAAUUCGCCAGCAAAGGUCAAACACGACGGGUCAAACAAGACGCAGGCUAUAUAUAGAUACGCCAGGGCGUGGUUCAAUAAUGCGUUCACCAGCGCGCAAAAUAUAAUUCCCGAUAACUACGCUAUAUCUAAGAUAUAUAUAUCUAUUUUUAAUAACGCAAUUGCGUUUGGUGCGUAAUAUUUUCUUUUCGGAAAUGAAAUCGUCCCAAUUUAAGUAUUGUGUAAAAAAGAUUCGGUUUAAAGUGGUUGGGACAUGACCAUAGUAAUAUAGUUCAUGGGCGUGAAAUAAAACGUGUGCAGUGACGUAUCAUGGGGGGGAAGGGGUGUAGCAAAUAUUGGGAUUCUUAAAUGUGCGUUACUUGAGUUCAUGUUUUGUCAAGUAACUUUGCGGGAUGGGAAGUUCACGCAUUGCUGUCGCCAAUGUUUGGCCUAGUCUUAAAAUAUUAUGUCACGAGUCACACCAGAAGCGUAAUAUUUAUAUGAGAUUUAAAUGGCUACAUAUGAACGUGUGCGCGUUAUAAGAUGCGCAAAGAAUGGUGUGAAGGAAACGAAGAAUUUAAGAUGCAUGGGAUUGAAAUCUUCUGAAAUAUUUCACAAAAGAUUGUAGGACCAUAAGUAAAUUGAAAAAACAACAACCUAAAAAAAAAGUUGUUCAUAUAAUUCCUUUAUAUGCAUAUUUAUUGCAUUUAUGUAAUUUCAAGUGUAUUAUCUUUUAAGAAGCGGUUAUGUAAAUGGGAGAAAGCAUGUUAUGAUAUUUCCUCCAUUUUCCUCUUCAAAAAUUUUUUAAAUUGUUACUGCAUACCCAAAUACGUCACAAAUUCAAAUCAUUUAGAGCGACAGCUACACAAUUCAUCUCCACGCCAAAACACUUACCCAUUGAAACAAAAUCAUGGUUCAUUCAUCUUCCCCUUGAAAUACAGGAACAACUGAUUUUUUGGGAUGUUGGGGGGGGUGGGUGUAGGUGUGGGAAUAAAAAUUUGAUCGAAUUUGGUUCAUCGGCAACGAGUCUAUGUGCCAGGUUUCAUUUUGAUAGGAUGGCGAUAAGUGGGUCAAUUUUUGGGGGGGUUGGGGGGGGGGGGGGGUGUAGGUGUGGGAAUAAAAAUUUGAUCGAAUUUGGUUCAUCGGCAACGAGUCUAUGUGCCAGGUUUCAUUUUGAUAGGAUGGCGAUAAGUGGGUCAAUUUGCCGUUUGAUGAGUUUUGCCAGAAACAAAUGAACCAAAGGGAAGGCAAUAUCAAGGAUUUAACUAUGGGACACGACCGGCUAGGAGUGGGUUAGUUCCGCUUUUAGUUCAUUGGUCCGGGCUGUCGCCCAGGCUUUGUAAACAAGGAUUGGAUGACGAUACAGUGAACGAUAUAAUUCAGCUUGAUAGUAAAAUUGUGUCUUUUAAAAAAAAAACAAAAAAAACAUGUAUUAGGGGGUCUCUGUUUUGAUUGAUUCUACUCAACUUACUAGAAAACAAAACAAAAAAUGAUUAUUUUUUAAAUAAUCAGUAUAAAGAACGUUGGUAUCAUCAUCCACGGGCAAGCUACUCUGUUUUUGUUUUUAAAAAGUUUGGCCCAUACACGUCCAAUCAAAAAAUAGUUUUCAAACGUUUUUACAAUUAUAAUUUUGUUUUUUUGCAAGGUUUUGUUUUCAUAUAUAAACAUUCAUCUUCAAUAAACAUUCAUCUUCAAUAAACACUCAUCUUCAAUAAACACUCAUCUUCAAUAAACACUCAUCUUCAAUAAACACUCAUCUUCAAUAAACACUCAUCUUCAAUAAACACUCAUCUUCAAUAAACACUCAUCUUCAAUAAACAUUCAUCUUCAAUAAACAUUCAUCUUCAAUAAACAUUCAUCUUCAAUAAACAUUCAUCUUCAAUAAACAUUCAUCUUCAAUAAACAUUCAUCUUCAAUAAACAUUCAUCUUCAAUAAACACUCAUCUUCAAUAAACACUCAUCUUCAAUAAACACUCAUCUUCAAUAAACACUCAUCUUCAAUAAACACUCAUCUUCAAUAAACAUUCAUCUUCAAUAUACAUUCAUCUUCAAUAAACACUCAUCUUCAAUAAACAUUCAUCUUCAAUAAACAUUCAUCUUCAAUAAACAUUCAAACUACUUCAACAUUAUCAUCAAAUUCGAUGACAUUUUUCUUUCGGUUUUCGGUUUCUCCGCGUUUGUUUUAUAAUUUAUCUGGGCGUAUCAAAAUAAAAAAAAAAUAGAUGCCUUUCUAUAAAACCAGAAACUUGAAAAAGGACCACUGCCCCCCUCCCCACCCCCACCCCAGGCGCCAAAACCAGGGUUAGAGCCGAAAUCUUCUUUAGAUAGGACCACCCCCGGCAUCACUUUUAUAUAUAUAUAUAUAUAUAUAUAUAUAUAUAUUCCCACGCGCCACAACCAGGGUUAGAGCCGAAAUCUUCUUUAGAUAGGACCACCCCCGGCAUCACUUUUAUAUAUAUAUAUAUAUAUAUAUAUAUAUAUAUCAAGGGGGUGGGUUGGCCUUUCAGGCUUCGCCCCGUGCUCCGUUUUACCCCUACCCGGUCCUGUAACUAACACAUCCUAUAAAUAGAUGUUUCUUUAUUUAAUCAGAUUGUCUUUUGUCCGCGGUCCUGUAUGUAAAAAAUCUGAGUGUUUGUUUCUUUAGAAGUUCUGAUAAAAGAUAAAGUUAACUUUUCAACUCUGAAAGUAAAAGGCCAAAAAAAAUAAAAAUAAUAAUAAUAAUGAAAUUAAAUGUUUUUAACAUAAUUAUUAUAGACUGUUAAAAAAAAAAAAUUAAGAGUUUACGCUUAGAGGACUUGCUCGCACUAUCUAAUGUAGAGUUAUUUUACUUGAAACAGUUUCAGCGUCGGCUCACUCGGGAGGCAAGGCCGGUACCAGCGGGGGAAACUACGAAAGUAGACAGUUCGAGACCGACAACAGCGGGUCCAGUGGCAAAUUCUACGGAUCGUUUGGCAGCGAUAACAGCGGAGCGAGCACUGGCAAAAAGUAUUCGGUCGACACAAGCGGUAAAAACAGCGCUGAAGUGCUAGGCAGCAAGGGAUCGGGCGGCCAAAAAGGAACCGAUACCAACAAGGGAAAAGACAAUUCGGCCAACAAAGGCGAAUCCGGCGGUAAUCGGUUCGCGAGCUACAGAGCUCAGACAGGUUACAGCGGUUCUGCCGGCAAGGGGUACGGUUCUUACGCAAGCUCAAACACCGAUAACAGCGGAAAGAGUAUCAAGGCAGGCGUAUCGGGAAACAAAGGAUCGAGUAAUAGGUUCUAUGAUACCAAGGGAGGCAGUUUCGGCGACUACCCGAGCGAUUACAGUAAACAGAACGGCGGGCCCGGAGGUCAAGAUUCUCUCGACACCAAGUCAAGUGACUUCAGUCAUAAGGUGAUAUCGGGGAAUGAGGGGAUCGACAUCGGAGCUGGGUUUGAUGAGAGUGGAUUCGGUGGUAAGUCAUCUGGAUUGGACGGUGGAUUCAGAGGAAAGGGGACUGGAUAUGACGAUAGUGGUUUCGAUGGACAGGCGAGUGGAGCGGGUGGCAAAUGGUCUGGCUACGACUACAACGGAUAUGACAACAGCGGGUCUGGGGCCAAGGGAGUGAACUCUGAUGAUGGAUUCGCCCACAAACAGAUCAGCGAAAUCGUUUCCGGUAAAGGCGAUGCCUCCGGACACCAGGAGGGCAGCUCUGACGACGACCAGUCCGCAAGUGCUGGGUCUGGGAAAGAGUACGACUACAGCAGUAGCAAUGGUGGUAAGAGCGGUGGUGGUGGAAGCCUUGUACAAGAUCUGAGUGGUCUCAGCGGAAUUGACAUUGGGACCGAUAGUGGAUUUAAUCAUAAAGAUUCUGGAGCUGGAAAUGUUGAUAGCGUGGGAAAAGAAGGAUAUAACAGUGGAUACAGUGGGAAAGGAGUUGGGUAUGAUGACAGUGGAGCUAGUGGAAAGGGAUCUGGCUAUGACAAUAGUGGAUUUGUUGGAAAGGGAGCGGGAUACGAUGGCAGUGGAUCCAGUGGUAAGGGAUCUGGCUAUGACAACAGUGGCUUCGGUGGAAAGGGAUCUGGAUAUGACAACAGUGGAUUUGGUGGAAAAGGAUCUGGCUAUGACAACAGUGGAUUUGGUGGAAAGGGGGCAGGAUACGAAGACAGUGGA